UUGUUUGCUGGUCAAUCAGCUGUUCCAGAGAGCGCGCACGUUUUUCUUUUGACAAACACUAUUUAAUAGGCAAAUGUAUCGAAAUGGAUGAAAAUAUAACGUUUAACAUAUGCACAAAGCCAGUGCCAAAAGCAAAACAGGCAAUGCCCACGCGAAAGCCGCCAGGCAAGCAAAAACGUGCUGGAGCCUCCGCUGGAUUCGACUUUCAAUUCAAUGUGGAGAAGCCCAAAAUCAAGGCGCUCGUUGUGCGGCGUCGUGCUCCAAUUGCUAAACAACAGCCAGCUACAGCCAAGGCCACUGCCACUGUUGCUGUCGUAAGCGCUCCCAAGCCCAAGAUAGAUGCAAUUCAAAAACCGCAGAAAGAGAAGAAUGAACAACCUGACAGCGAUAUUAUAUUAAACGUAUACACAGCGCCUGUUGAUACCAGCAGUAAGCAACAACAGGUGAAGAAAGCUACUAAGGAGAAACGCCCUUCCAGCGCCAAACAAGUCGCAACCAUUGAUAAGCAACAGCUGAAGGCAGCACUUAAAGGCAAGCAGCGUAAAGAGAAUCCCAACAAACAGCCGCGUGCCGGCGAUCUGUUCAAGGCACAGCUGGACGAGGAGCACAGGCUUAAGCGUGCCGCUGAAGAGCAGCCAAAAGCGGAGAUAGCCGCUGCAGAGAAGCCAGAGACAUUACCCCAGACAAACAACAAGUUUCGCACCAAAAAAAUUGGUCUCUUCGAUCAGAGUGAUGUGGAGGCGCUCAAGCAGCUGGGCCAGCGCGCUGUCAAGCCCGUCAAAGAGACCAUUUUUGCUGGCACCAAAGUGGAAAGCUUGGGUCUGCAUGCGCAUGCAGUCAAGAAUCUGUUGGAUCUGCUAAGCAUUAACCAGCUAACGACAGUGCAGCAAAAGACCAUUCCCCAUGUGCUGGCUGGUAAGGAUGUGCUGGUGCGCUCACAAACUGGCUCGGGCAAGACGCUGGCCUAUGCGCUGCCCUUGGUGGAACGGCUUCAAUCGAAGCAGCCGCGCAUUAAGCGCACCGAUGGCGUCCUGGCCCUAGUUAUUGUGCCUACGCGGGAGCUAGCGCAGCAGACAUACGAGCUAUUCCAAAAGCUGGUCAAGCCAUACACUUGGAUUGUGCCCGGUGUUCUGCUCGGAGGCGAGAGUCGCAAGAGUGAGAAAGCCCGCUUGCGUAAGGGCAUAAAUGUGCUGUUGGGCACACCGGGUCGUCUGGUGGAUCAUCUGCUGCACACGGCAUCUUUCAAGUUAUCCAAGCUGGAGUUCCUCGUGUUGGAUGAGGCCGACCGUCUGCUCGAAUUGGGCUACGAGCGUGAUGUUAAGCAGCUCGUAGAAGCCAUUGACAAACAUCGGGCCGAAGAACCACAGGAACCACCAGUUGCCAUUCAGCGUCUGCUGCUUAGCGCAACGUUGACCGCUCAGGUGCAGCAGCUGGCCGGACUAACGCUAAAGGAUCCGCUCUACAUAGACAACAGCGAUGAAGCGGCUGACGCUGCGCUAAAGGGCACCAAUGGCUAUGAGAAGGAAACCAUUGAGGCGCAACAGGACGACGGCCUCGGCGAGUACCUGGAGGAUGUGACGGGCGUGCUUAGCAUACCUGAGAACCUACAGCUUAGCUAUGUGGUGGUGCCGCCCAAGCUGCGCCUGGUCACCAUAUCGGCGCUGUUGGCCAAGGAGCUCGCCGCCAGUCCCAAGCAAUUCAAGGCCAUCGUCUUUAUGAGUACCACCGAAAUGGUGAACUUCCAUCAUGAUGUGCUCAACGAGGCGCUCACACGUCGCGUCCUUGACGAAGAUGACGACGAACAGGUCAAGGAGGGCUCGGACGUUGACGAUGAUGGCGAAACGCCUUUGCUGCAAGGACUCCGCUUCUUCAAACUUAAUGGUUCCAUGACGCAAACGGAACGUCAGGGCGUGUUCCGUGGCUUCCGCGAUUGUGCCAGCUGCGUGCUGCUGGCCACCGAUGUCGUCGGUCGUGGCAUCGAUGUGCCUGACAUCAAGCUGGUGGUGCAGUACACACCGCCGCAAACCACAGCAGAUUUUGUGCAUCGCGUGGGGCGCACCGCGCGUGCAGGCCGUCGUGGACGUGCGGUGUUAUUUCUGGCGCCCAGCGAGGCGCAAUUCGUUCGCCACUUGGAGAACAAGCGCAUACGCAUCCAGCAGGGCGAUAUGUAUAGCUAUUUGCAGGCGCUGUUGCCGCGCGAUGCAGAGGCGCGCAACGUCCAGGAGGCUGCAUCCAAUUUGCAGCACAAGUUUCAGUCACUGCUCGAGGAGGAUCGUGAACUGCACGACAAGUCCUGCAAGGCCUUCGUCUCCUGGAUGAAGUUCUAUUCGACAUUUCCCAAGGAGCUGAAGCCCAUCUUCAACGUACGCAUCGCACACAUGGGCCACUUUGCCAAGAGCUUCGCUCUCAAGGAGGCGCCUAGUAAAUUUGCCAGCCAGCAUGCAGCCCCCAAGGUGGCCCCGCCCACCAAUCGGCUGACCUACACGGAACGCGAUCCUGAGAAGCUGCAGCAGGCGAAGCGGGCCAAGCGGCGGCUCUACACGACAACGGUCAACGGGGAGGUGAGGCAGAUGCAGCAACAGCAGCAACUUGGCGCAGCAGACCGCAAGAAAUUGGGUGGCCCGCAGCGCCAUCUGCCGGAGGGCAAUGGCAGAAGCAGCUUUAUGAAGAGCCUCAAUAAGUCGCGCGCCCUCACCAUAUCUGAAUUCGACAGCGGCUUGCCCGAAAUCGGAGCGCCCAAGCGGCGCAAGCAGGCGUAGGCGCCUCCAGAUGCCAUGGACUAGCAGAGGACGAAAGAUGGAACUGCAUUUGAAGCGGGAGUGUCGACCGGACGGCCCCCAUUUAUGCGCGCCAUUUUGUUCGAGAGCGCUAUUCAAGCGUUUAAUCGAAAAAUAAAUUGCCCUGCAGUUGAGGCUGGAACUGGCGGGGCGGAGGAGCAGUACGGUCUAAGAUAAAAAAUGCUCGCCAAGCUAAGACACCCAACUCAUAAAAGUUUCAUUUUUCACAACUUUUAAGCCCGGACGUCCUCCGGGAAAAGUUGCUGCUCCGGCUCCAGCGGCCGCUGUUAGCAUAUUUAAGGCUCAUCUUUACAGUUAGUGUUCGCUUGAUAUACAUAUAUAGCAUUUAUAUAUAUAUAUAGCUUUUUUUUACUUUAUGUAAUAUGUUUUUAAGGCAAAUAUUAGAAAUCCAUUUUCCGCUCACUGCAGACUCAUUCAGUUUUAAAAAUGUCAAUCUCUGUAGCGGGCAGGCGCAGCGACAGGGGCGUCACUGUGGGCAGGGGAGGGGGCUGGCACGUGUUGGCCGCCUUUUUGUGCAACUGAAGCGCGUAAUUUGUUGGACAAGCUAUAAAUAAAUAUGAAACAUAAACGCGUAAAAAAAUCAAACGAUUUGCUAUCGCUUUACUU